GCGCGAACAAGUGGUGCUGAGGCAGAGUGGAAUCUGCGCGCGAGUAGACUUUGGUAGAAGUGGUAUUUUUGCAGCAUCAGAGGUAUUUAAAAAAAGUCAAGGUUGAGAGCCCAAUGGCGUCCUCUGGAGAUAUUCAGGUUAAGGAGUUGGACAAGCGUGCUUCAGGGCAAGCCUUUGAGGUCAUUCUGAGCCCCUCAGCACCAGACCCUAAAGGAGAAUUCCCUUUGUCCACCCCCAAGAAGAAGGAGGUGUCCUUGGAUGAGAUCCAGAAGAAAUUGGAUGCUGCGGAGGAGAGACGCAAAAAUCAUGAGGCAGAGGUGCUGAAACACUUGGCUGAGAAGCGAGAGCAUGAGAAAGAGGUUCUUCAGAAAGCAAUGGAGGAGAACAACAACUUUAGCAAGAUGGCAGAGGAGAAACUGAACCUAAAAAUGGAAGCCAACAAAGAAAACCGCACAAAACAGAUGGCAGCAAUGAACGAGAAAUUUAAGGAGAAGGACAAGAAACUUGAAGAAGUCCGAAAGAAUAAAGAAACAAAAGAGGGUGGCGAGAAUGAGGAGAACUGAGUUUUCUGUGUUUUUGUUUUUUGGCUCUGUUCACUUUAGGGGAUAGUACUGGGUUUUUUACGUAUCCAAAGAUUUAUUUUUGUUCCAUUAUAUGGCCCGUAUUAUGUGCUUGAUUUGUGUCCCUCACACUUUUUUAAUCUUAGGGCAGAAGCAGGUGCGCUGUCUUUUUUACUAUCCCACAUCCUUUGCAUCCCUAUCACAUAUAAAUUUGUCCAUUUGCAGCUUUUGACCUGUAAAAUAAGCAGUGUUUUACCCUAAAGGGAAGCAUGCAUGUGUUAUGCAUAGGUCUCUAACUUUGUCUGUUGCAUUGUGCAAAUUGACUUGUACCUGUGUAUGUCAAAACUGCAUUUAUUUCAGCUUAAUAAAGUGCAAAGUUGUUUGUUAUGGUAACA